AGUCAGACACACAGUCUCUCUCUCUCUCUCUCUCUCGCGCGCACUCUCUGUAGAGAAAAUAGAUAUAUACAUUUAAAGAUUGUUUGCCUUCUCUUCGCAGUCUGUCACGCGGAAAAGAAUUUCUCCUUUUGAGUUUGCAUCGCUCGUUUCACGAUGUUUCCUUUUUCGUGUCGGUCCAACAACCGGCGCUGUGAAUCUACAAGUAUUCUCUUUUCAACGAUUCUUCUUCUCUUCGGGUGCAGUUGGUAUUACGGCGUUGACGGUUUGAAACUGCUACAAGUGCAAGUCCCGACCGAAGUGGAAAGAGGACGUUCAGCGGUAUUGGGAUGCCGAUUUGAAAUGGAAGGCGACACCCUUUAUUCUGUCAAAUGGUACAAAGGUGGAAAGGAAUUCUUUCGUGUUGUUCCAAAGGAUACACCGCCAGCCCAGACUUUCAGUGUCGAAGGAGUCCAAGUCAACUUGGCGGCGUCAGAUCAGAAUCAAGUCGUCCUGGAAAACUUAAAUCUCAAGAGCGAGGGCCGCUACAAGUGCGAAGUCUCAGCAGAAUCACCAAAUUUUCAAACAGUUUACGACGUCGCUGAAAUGAGUAUUGUCGUUCCACCAAGAGAUUCACCGGUAAUUAAUUCACCUAAAACUGUCUAUCGUAUUGGAGAAGAAUUCACGGCUAAUUGUUCGUCGUUUCCAUCGAGACCACCAGCCACGAUUACCUGGACGAUUGGCGACAAACCGGUAAUGAAAGAGGAACUAAUACAAUAUCCAUCCACACUGACGGACGGCGGCCUGGAAGCUUCUGUCGUCGGUUUACAUUUGAAGCUCAGAGAUGCGCAUUUUGAUCGGAAAGGAAAGAUGAAGCUUACAUGCACGGCUAGCGUCGGAAGGAUGCGCAUCGAUGGACGGACGGUUGUUAACAUUAGCAUCGCCGAUGCAUCCAUUAACGGUGACUAUCCCAGACAGAGGUCUUUGACGCUAGACAGCCGCUCCGGCGUCAAUGCUGGGAUUUCACAAAAAUCGGAAUUCUGGAGGUUUUGCCCUGCGAUCCUGUUCGUCAUAGCUCUGAUGUGUCAAACGUUUGGCUAACACCUCAUUUUUUUGUUGUGCGAGGCAUUUUCAGUCAGAUUCAACCAGAGAUGAAGCCUUUCAAGCGAAAUUGAAUUUUCACUUAUACAGGAGACACUCUACUUUGAUUAGAUUUUUGUUUCCUUUUUUGAUUGAAUUUUUUUUAUUUCAUUUUUUUGGCCCCUCUUUUUGAUUCCGUUUUUAUAUGCGUAGUCAUCGAUCGAGUCGCAUCCCAAAUACGACGUUCGUUCGUGUACGAGAAAAGAGCCACACCCUUAUUUUGUGUUAAUGUCAUUUGUACAUUAUAUCAAAACGCCCCUCAGUUUUGACUCUUUUGGUGCGAUAUACUGUACAUAUAGGUUUCAUUUAAUAUUUUAUGGGAUGUAUUUACCCACUCUAACGUUCCAUCGUAAAGAUGACGUGUUAUUCUCGUGUCUAUUCUUUUUAAUUCAUUUUUUUUUUUGAUUUGGGCUGAUUGUGUUUAAGCUAUUCGGUUUGAACAGUGAAACGUGCAGUUUAUAGAUGAAGGCGUACAUAACGAUAUGAACUGUUGCAUUGUCUUUUCGGUGGAAGCCAAACUGCUGUGUUAUUGCUUAUUUCUUUAAUAACACUACACUAUCUUAUAGCCAUAGAGUUGAUGUAGUUCACACAACACUUUGUACAUGAAAAGCUAUACAGUGCCAUUUUUUUAGUUUCCCAUAGUCAAUUAUGUUCGUCUUUUCCCUUAAAAUGAAUGUUGAUGCUGUGACAGUUAUUUCUUAUCAUUUACGAAUUCUUUUUAUGAAUAAUGUUAUACGUGGCCAUUUUCCCCCUUUUUUUUGAUAUGUUGUACUAAAACAGCAAAAAAAGAAAAAGGAAUGGAGCAAAUCAUACCAGUCACACGUCUAUGUCAUAUUUUUCUCUCCACCUUUUUUGGUUAUUAUAAUGUCAAGCGCGCUCAUCUUUCCUUUACGGCUUUAGCCCUCUCAUUUCCUAUGUAUACGCGUGUGCGAUCAGCAAAGAUUAGACUUCUACGGAAGCAAAAAGGAUUCACAUUUGAACGUCUGCAAAAAGUCGUUUCCGGUACGCUCCGGCUAACGGAUGCCCACCAUCUUCUUGUCAUUUCGCAUUUCCCAUCAAGCAGCUACACCGAAGUGCGCCAGAAGAGCCGCCAAGCAAGUACGCCACCAAACGAAACCUAAAAAUAAAAUUAUUGAGGGGUUUACUAAAAGGAUAUUUGUUUGGACAACAAUUGUAGAAAAUAAACAGUUGAACGUGUAUACGCAUUGACACAUGAAUCACUGCUUCAAAUCUGAUUUCUUUAUCAAAAGGAAAGGUGGGAGCGUUGCGCAAUUGAAAGACCAUUUUUGUUUCUUUUAUGUUAUGUAUAUGCUCUGUCCACCAAAAAUGCUGAUUUGUUUUUAUGUUAUACCUUUCUCCAAGCGCGUUGUUUCACCAAAACUAUGUAAAAUUUUAUAUAUAUAUACGAGCAUCGGACUACACCGCUGUAAACUUUUCUCUUCAAUAAAAAUGAAACCCCUAAA